AUGCAAACCCUCCUGGAAAUUAAUUCUGAAAGUUCUUCAAAUAGUGAAGAAGCAGUGAAUAAAGAAAUUAAUUCUGAUAACAUCGAGAUAAUUGUCUCAACAGUGGUUUGCAGAGGCAUUACAAACAUCCAUCAAAAAACUAAUAAUCUUGAAAGCCAGUAUGAACCUCUUUAUUUAUCUAAAAAUACUAUCAAACAUGAUGAACCCAUUGAAAUGAAAUCACAUCGCAUAAGACUUGCUGAAACAAUCAGAAAGACAGAAGACAAGGAAGAACUAUGA